AUGGCCCCGACUGCGUGUGUGCUGCCUGCUGCUGAUGUGUGCCACAUCAAGAAUGAGAUGAUCAACCAUGAUCCUCUUGGCCACAUCAGUAAGCAUGGGGACGAACUGUUGCAAUCUGAGUUGACUGCGAAGGAGCUGGUGUUGGACGUGUUGAGGAAGCGUGCAUCCGAGGUGGACACCGACCGGUGCGAGGCCGGGGAGGAGGAUGCGUUUUAUGUUGCCGAUAUGGGAGAAGUCUACCGUCAGCAUAUGCGAUGGAAGAUGAACUUGGGCCGAGUCAAGCCCUUUUAUGCUGUCAAAUGUAACCCGGAUCCCGAGGUUCUGCGUCUCAUGGCCCAAUUGGGUAACGGUUUCGAUUGUGCCUCCAAGUCGGAAAUCGACCUGGCCCUCCGCACGGGCAUUGACCCCAGCCGCAUCAUCUAUGCGCAACCAUGCAAGACCAAGUCGUACCUGCGCUACGCCGCCCAGGUCGGCGUCAAGCAGAUGACCUUCGACAACGCUGAUGAGCUUUACAAGAUCAAAGCCCACUUCCCGGAUGCCGAGCUCUAUCUGCGCAUCCUGACCGACGAUUCCACCAGCCUCUGUCGCCUGAGCAUGAAGUUUGGUGCCUCCCUGGACGUGGCGGCUCAGCUGCUCGAGCUUGCCCGUGAGCUGGAGCUUAAGGUUGUCGGUGUCAGCUUCCACGUCGGCUCCGGUGCCGAGGACCCUCGUGCGUUUCUCAAGGCGGUGCAAGACGCCCGUCUCGUGUUCGACCAAGCUGCCGAGAUUGGCCACGACCUGCAUACCCUGGAUGUAGGGGGUGGUUUCUGCCAUGACACCUUUGAGAAGUUCUCCGGCAUCCUCAGCGCCGCCUUGGAGACAUACUUCCCACCGAGCGUUCGGAUUAUUGCCGAACCCGGCCGUUACUACGUCGCCAACGCGUUCACCCUGGCGGCUAAUGUGAUUGCUCGCCGUGACCUCCCGGACCCACUGGACCCGUCGCGCACUGCGUACAUGUUGUACUUGAAUGAUGGUGUGUAUGGCAACUUCUCCAACAUCAUCUUCGACCAUCAGCACCCGGUUGCCAAGGUGCUUCAAUGUGCUGCCGAUUCGGCCCAGUUGGGAUAUCCCAGCUCUCCGGCCGGGGAGAUCAACUCGUACUCGAUUUGGGGCCCGACCUGCGACGGCAUCGAUGUGAUUACCCAGCGCAUUGAUCUGCCGGGGCUCCUGAAUACGGGAGACUGGCUGUACUUUGAGGAGAUGGGCGCCUACACCAAGUGCAGUGCCACUCGCUUCAACGGAUUCUCCGACAACCAUGAGGUGAUUUACAUUUCCAGCGAGGCGGGUGCUUCAGCCCUGCUGAACUACUAG